AUGUGUGACGCAGACGGGCAACAAUGCCCUUCCGCAAAUGUGAUUUUCGUAGUUGAACUGGAGCAGGACAUGAGCCGCAGCGAGGUUGAGAUUGUAGAGGACGAGGAGCGGAAAUUUCUUUAUUGGAAAUACAAGGCUUCUAUUGCACUGGUAACAAGCAUGCACGAAGGCACCAGUGUCCCUACAGCAUGGGAUUGUCUUGAUAACUCAUCUCCGCAUGGUGACAGCGGCGGGCAUGCCGCUUUGGAGGAGUGGUGGGAGCGACGCUCCACAGCGCACCCGUACAAGACGAAUACAGCUGUGAUGCCGCAGUGCAAGAAGGAGUCAGUGACCUUUCAUCGUAGUAGGUCGCCCUUGACAUGGAUUUGGAAUCCGGUGCGAGCUGGUGAGGCGGAAACGCGUGCGACACAGCCUGUAAGUGGUACCUUUCAUGUUGGAGGUGCGCCUGUUACAGAUGUAGGGAGGCCUUGCAGCGGUCUUUGCACUCCACUGCAAGAACGUCCCAUGUGCACUUCACUGUUGCUGUCAUUGCGUGACGACAGACGGCUACACGGGGACGGCAGGAAAAGACGAUGGAACAGCAGCAGUAACCUUUGCAGUAAGGCUGCUGCCUCAAGCUUUGCGGCAGUGGCACCCAAAGAUGUGGCUCGUUUUCCCAAAAAGGCUUUGACGCCCCCCGUAGGGCGGAGCCAAUCUUCACUGGGUAGAGGGGGCCUCUCCAGCAGACGGGAGUACCGCCCCUUGGAAAAAGAAAUGGGUAUCACGGUCAGGAGACCCAAGACUCUUGUUGAUAAUCGUUUUGGGCGAUUGAAUAUGUUGCAGGAGCUUCUUCGCAUGGAGUUGGAACGUGAGACGUUUGAAGACUGGCAGGUUCUGCGAGAUGAAUUCAUAAGGAUAGGUUGUAAGCAGAUGGAGGAAAAACCGCUGCGGCGCGCUUUAAGGCAUGUAGCUGGCAAAGUGGAAGGUCGUGUACGGGCGGCGGCGAUGAAGUUCACUUGGGAAAGAGAAAAAAGGCGCCAAGAGAGACGCUUUCAGGCACUGGAGCUCUAUACCUCGCACUCGGAGACGGUGAGGUCAGGUGCUAUUGCACGUUAA